GCCUUGACGAACAUUCAUACUUGCGUCAGGACUUGACGAACAUUCAUACUUGCGUCAGGACUUGACGAACAUUCAUACUUGCGUCAGGACUUGACGAACAUUCAUAACCACAAGUGCAUUCUCCCCUCCCUCCCGCCAGCGCAUGCGGUCAUAUAUACACAUACCCUCGAAGCACACAUAUCUUUAGCUCGUACGCAUUAUCUUUGCAUGGCUUCCAAAGUCACAAAAACAACGCUCCAUACGCGCAGUCCUGACUUCGACGACCAUUCCCAACUCGUCUCAUGCAUCUCCGCCAAUUCAAAACUGAACCCCAACGCAAAUAUACCUUCGUCCAACUUUCCCCCGGAGCAUUCCUAUCCAGACGCUACGGAGGCCUCUCCGCCAAAUCAAGCCACAAGCAGCCACCUCAUCCCGAGGUGGUUUCACCGCGACAACAGAAAUAGCAAUAGCAAUAACAACCACCACUCAUCAACACAAGCACCCAACCCAGGAAAAUUCACCGAGGAAUGGAACGCGAGCCAGCGAGGAGCGAGUAUCAUUGACGGUUCCUCGGCCAAUAUGCAGCGACCGAACUCGUACCAUGGCAGCCAGGAUGAGGAUCACAUCAGCCUCCCGUCUCGGGGGAAUACUCUUAAGAAAAAAAGCUCUCUGCGCAGGAAUGCCAGUCUCGGGCGCAACGGAAGCCGCCGCAGCAUGAAGGCUGGAAGUGUACGCAGCUUGGCCCUACAAUCUGCCUCAGACCCAGAUGAGGCAAAUAGUGCUUUUCACUGCCCCGUGCCAACUGCCGGGAAUCCAACGGAGGUUCUAGCGAAUCGCUUCAAUGCUUGGCGCAAGAUUUUGAAGGACCUCAUAGCCUACUAUCGCGAGAUUCAGAGCCACUACGAGGCCAAGGCCAAGUCCAUCCUGAAGGUGGCCAAUGUUGCCAACAAUAUAGCGGCGCCAGCAGGCUUCUUGGCCUCCGGGGGGCUUGACGAUGCCAUGGACAUCCUGAGGACCUACCACAAGAACGCCAUUCUCGAGGCCAACAAAGCGAAGGAGAUCGAAGAGGACGUUAUUCUUGCCUUGACCGGUUUGAGAAGCGAUCUUCAGCAGAAGAUUAAGGAGAUCAAAAGUCUAUCUGGCGACUUCAAAAACUCCGUAGAGAAGGAGAUGGACAAUACACGGAAGGCUGUUAAGGCGCUUCAGGACACGAUCGGCCAGAGUGACUUGGAUCCGUCUCUAGCCACUGGCAAGCAAGAUCCAUACCUUCUCCGUCUGGCCGUCGAUCGACAGGUGGAGCUUCAGAUCGACGAGGAAAACUACUUACACCAAGCGUACCUGAAUCUUGAGACCUCCGGAAGGGAACUCGAAUCGAUCGUUGUCGGCGAGAUCCAGAAGGCGUAUAAUGCCUAUGCCGGCAUCCUCAAGCGUGAGUCCGAUGCUGCCUAUAAUGCGAUCGACGAGCUCCGCAUUGGACCCAUCUCCAUGCCAAAAGACCGUGAAUGGACGUACUUCGUCCAGAAAGACGAUCAGUUUGUGGACCCUGAUGUUCCUGUCCGAUCUGCCGAGCAGAUUCACUAUCCUGGCCAAGAUCACGAGUCUUGUCAGGAAAUCCGCGCGGGCCUCCUGGAACGAAAGAGCAAGUACCUGAAAAGCUAUACUGCGGGCUGGUAUGUGCUUUCUCCGACUCAUCUCCAUGAAUUCAAAUCAGCGGACAAGACGCAAGCGCCUGUGAUGUCAUUAUACCUGCCGGAACAGAAGCUAGGAUCUCAUUCAAGCGAAGGUGGUUCUUCCAACAAAUUCAUCCUCAAGGGACGGCAAGCAGGAUCCAUGCAUCGCGGCCACACUUGGGUCUUCCGCGCCGAGACGCAUGACACCAUGAUGGCAUGGUACGAGGACGUCAAAGCACUCACCGAGAAGACGCCGCAAGAACGAAGCGAGUAUGUGCGCCACACUAGGAGCCUUAGUCAGUCUUCGCGACGCUCGAUUAGCAGCGACGCCGUGGUCGACGAGGAAGAUGAGGAGCCUUUCUCCGCAGAAGCCGUUAUCCCAGCCGAGACAGACCUGAAGCAAGAUAUACGCCGUCCUGAGCCAGGUGGGAGGUUCCCAUCUGAUAUCCAAGUCAACGCGCAACGAGACUUACAGGCUCCGCUCUCGCCUUCUAGUAUGAGUUCGCGGUUCGACAACCGGAGCCGCGAGGCAGAUGGGAUGGUGGGUUUCAUACCCCAAAAUAGCCAAGGACGCGAUUAUUACACGAGGGAGGCCCAAGAUAACCACAGGGGAGGAUACGGAAACACAAGUCAUACGCCGAUGGAAGAAUCUCCUUCACAUGCUGCAAUCGUCAGCCAGCAAGCUCGCGAGGACGGAGUGAACCCUUACACAAAUGAGCCUUUCCAGCGGUCCCAAUUCCAGAUCGAUUCUUCUUACCCCUAUCACCCCUCCCAACCCUCCCAACCCGACAUGGCUUUUGUAGGAGAAACACAACGGUCUCAAAACCGGCAGAGCUAUGGGUCCCAUGCUAGCCAACGCGGGACCCGAGAUCAGAGCCCUGCUGUCCAGAUCAUGGCCGAUGGCGGUUCACAACAGACGAAUCCAACUUGGGAGCCUGGUGCCUAUGUAGCUGCGGGUGUCAAUGCUCAGGAUGGCCAACCACUGAACGACAAGGCCUACAACUCUUCGAACAGGCUUCAGGCUGCGCAUAGCGGUGAAUAUAAUUACCCGUCGGAAGACCGAAGCACCGGAGACAUCAGCAAACCGCCGGUGAUCACGACUGGGGGUCAGCACAACGAUGUUCGCGGGUACCCCCCAAAUAACGAGCCUCGCAGCUUUGAAGGCUCUGUGUCGUCUCCUGUUCAUGGCGACUACUACCCUACCGCCGCAUUCCCGGAUCAGAAUGUGCCUAACGGUCGGCCCAUGUCAAUGAAUGUCAGGACAAACAGCAUCCCGCACAUCCCAGGCGAAUACCCGAAUGGCAAUACUCCGACCAUGGAGAAGCUUAGCAACCGAGUUUUGUAGGAAUAAAGAAGCACUCAUGCCGGGUGGUAGUCGCUGGGUUUCUUGUUGGUUUCGGACACUUGGCGGGCAGUCUCUUUUCAUGUAUUUGGUCUUGAGUAUUCGUCCAUAAAUAUCUCGUCUUUUCGUCUUUUUUGCUCUUCAUACUACAGCCAUAUCGGCACAGGAAAGGGCAGGAGGAAAUGGAAGCGACAUCAAAACAGAAGUAGUUGCGAACUGGGCUCGUCAGUGGACACGGGAAUUCGUCUUGAAGGACGGUGUAUUUCGUACCUAACUAACAUUCAAAAUGGAAGAGGCGAAAAAAAGAAACUGCCCCCUACCGCCGCACCCCGCACCCCU